UUAACGCGUCCAGAUGACACCUGGGGAACACCGCCAGUCUGACUUCAGCAGUGUCUGCAUGAGGCUGUGCCGCUCAGUCCUGGGCUCUCUGAGUCUUUAAUUAUUCGAAUACGACCUGAUGGAAUAACGUACGCCACGAUGUCCGAUAGGUUUCAUAGGGCAGCGCGGGACGGAUACCUGGAGGUGCUGAAGGAGGCCACCCGAAGGGACUGUAACCAUCCUGACGAAGACGGCCUUACACCCACUCUCUGGGCCUCAUACGAGGGUAAUUUGGACGCCCUGAGACUCAUCGUCGGCAGGGGAGGCGAGCCAGACAAAUGUGACAACUAUGGCAAUACAGCCCUACAUUGUGCGGCUGCCCGAGGUCAUAUAAAUUGUGUCUCCUUCCUUGUCAACUUUGGCGUCAACAUCUGGUCGUUGGACAAUGAAUUUCACACUGCCAAGGAGCUUGCUGCCAUGAACAACAAGGACGACAUUCUCCGUUACCUCGACACUGUCUCUGCUAAACAGACCAUGUCUGACCCUAAGCAAGUGAAGAAGCUGCAGGACAAGGCACAGAAGGAUGCUGAGAAGAGACAGAAAGAGUUUGACAAAAUUCAGAAGAAAGCUGAUAAAAAACGAGAAGACGAAAAUGUCAAAUUACAAAGAGAGAGAGAGAAGAUUGAGAAAGUUGAUGAAAAACCCCAAAGUCGAAGCAAAGCCAUCAUAAAUACUAUCUCACGGGGCUCCAUGGCCCUAUUUAGUGGCCCGAGGAAAGACUCCCGUGUACUCUACAACAAUGCUCACAAUAGCCCCAAAUUCUCUGACCUCACCAUUGCAAAUAACAACAAUGCCAAGAAAAAUAUGGGAGGCAUACAGAAAAAGAUAAUUAAGAAGAAAGUGCUUGAUGAUACUAAAACCUCAAGUGAUUUCAAGGUACGAGAGGUGGAAUCCGAUGGGAAGAAGUCAGUGCGGAAUCUUAAUGGUCUCCGUCGAGACUCUGAGAUCAUGUUUGUACCAGGUGGCAGUUUAAGCAGCACCAACAACAUCAAGAGAGGGAGGCUCACUGAUGUGUUUGAGACUAGCGAUAGUGAGGAUGGAGAGAGACCCAUGCAACGAACUCUCAGCCAACCAGACUUUACAUUUGAUGGCAUGGAGCAACAGAACAUGUUGUCUAGAGGUUCCCUGUUUGCAAGACCUGGUUUUGGUUCUGUUGCCUUUAGAACAAAUUCUAUAACGGCAACACUGAGCAGCUUGGCCAUUAGUGGUAGCGAGUCAACAAGAGCCUCAUCUGCAGGAGAUUCUUCUACCUCCCUGCCUUACAGACAGGCUGCUGAACCCUGGGAAGAGGAGGAUUUACCCUCCGACGAUGAAAGUGAAGCAACCCCUGUGUACCUGUUCCUUGCUGCUGCCGGCCUCGUAGACUUCAUCCCAACAUUUGCCAAAGAACACAUUGACAUUGAUGCUCUUAUGCUUCUGAGUGAAGAGGACCUAAUAAGUAUGAAACUGCCAAUUGGACCACGUAGAAAGCUCUUGAAAGCCAUCGCUGACCGCAAGUCAACCAUAGAUGAUCCUGGUGAAGUCCUAGAUAGUAAGCUAUAAGUUCUGUAUAAGCCAUAGCAAUUUUUCACAAAUAUUUUGAUGUCAUUCCAUUUGUGCAUUAUAAUUCUUAUUAAAAUGUACAUUCUUUAAAAAAGUUGUAUAUAUUUUAUGGUUGUCGUGGUAGGUGAAAAUACUGUGUACUCUAUAGCAUAAAUGAUUAUCAGACUAAACUUAAAUUCAGGUGCAAUGGAAGGAUUUCAUUCUGGUUGAUGACUGCUUGCAGUGAAAAAUAAUGGAAGAUUUCAGUGAAAGAAGCCCAUUUAUUCACUGUACUGGAAUUCAAUACUUACUGAAAAAGAUAAAAAUUUAAUUACUGUAUAUAAAAAUAAAAAAUUUCAAAGCUAUUUUGGCAUCAUAUGUACACAAUGUAGCGUGUGCUAUCACUUGCAACAGUAAAAACUAUGUCGUUAGGCAUAAAACGGCAAAUAACUUGUGCAACAUAACUUAAGCCGAUGAGAGUGGAGUCCAGUAAGAAUCUGUUCAUUAAAGCAGGAAUGUAUUGUAGUACAGUAUGUACAUUGUUCUAAAUUUGCUUUGAUAGCAUUUAUUACCCUAAUCACCCCCCAAAAUAUGCAAGCAUGUUGUAAAAAUAGCAUAUAUACAGAUAUAGCACAGACUGUUAGGCUCUGCUUAAUAUGUCUUGAAGCUAUUAAGCUGUUGGUUGUAGUUUUCAUACACAAUUGAACAGGGCACAUUUGUUUCGGCUUUAUAAAUACUCGAGUGUAUUUUUAUUGUGUUAAUCAAAUUCAGCCAGUCUGGAUAUGAGAAUAAUGAUUCCUAACUGCAAUAUUUAAUAAAGGUUUUAUGACUUUCGAAGAGAACUAAUAUUAUGAUUGAUUGCUGAUAUUUAGUCCCAAGUGUGCUUGUGUAUUAAUGCACUGUGUUUGAAUAUGUUUGUGAUGUAAAUACAGUAUUAGAUAUGCAUUGUGGGUAAACCUGUAAUGUGUACAACUUAACCUCCCAGCAUUUAUUACUGUCUGCAUAACAAAGCAAUUAUAGCUAAAUGCAUUGUUAUUGUGACGUAUUGUGUGUAUACUUUAAUAUCUUAAGUCAUUUUUCAAGUCAUAUUAUUGUAAGGUAUUAUUCAACUUUUAUGAUAAGAUUUAUCAGUAAUUAUUUUCAUUUUCUUUAGCAAUAAAGUUUAAUACAAAUGACAAAUUUUAGUCAACUAAUUAAGAAAACUGACAUUAAUAUGUAUGUAUAAAUUAAAGCCUGUGGAACAUACUGUAUUGCAAAAUUUAAUGGAAUACUUACCAUUUACUUAUAAGAAUUCCCCACAAGUGGAUGAUGCACUUUCUCCAAGUGACUGGAGGCCAGAGUGCUCUGUCGGAUCAUGUUGCCAUAUCAUAAUAGUCAUUCUAGCUGAUUUAGAUUUAGUUCUUCGAGUAACUAGAACUGUGGUUAAUUUAUAUUUUUGAGAACAACAAUGUCAGGGUACUGCCUACACCUCCAAUUAAUGCCUAUAUUCUUUGAUAACUAUAUUUUCCUUUUACAUCAUAAUCUAAAGGAAAAGCCUUUUACAUUCUAUAUGACAAAGUGAUUAUUGCAUAUGUAAAGGGAUGAUAUAUGAAGGAACAGUUGUAACUAUAUACACUACCGAGUUUCAUAAUGAACACUGUACACAUAAUAAAAUCAACCCUUGAAAGUGAAACCCUGACAUAAUCAGAGAUCUCUAAAAUUACAAAAGUAGACAUAAAAUGUGUAACAACUUCUAGUAGUGUACAUGUGAACUCUAAUAAUGUACUAUUUAUUGUCAUAAACAUAAGUUUUUUUGGUAUUACAAUGCUGUACUUAUUACAUUGUAGCAUUUUGAAAGUGACCAACAAUAUCAUUCAAUAAAUUAUACCAAACCAA